AAUGUGCUGCCUGGUGCUAUCGAUAGUGAACACCAACUGUGUCGUCUCGACUGCCGACAUUGCGGGCAACAUCAUUCUGAUGUUUUACAACGAUCAAGAGUGUCGGCCGCUGAUCGUGCAACUGUUUACCGCCAUUAUGGACUACAACUUUAGUCAGAUGCAGGCUAAUUUGGACAAACUGUCACGGAUAGCUGACCUGAUUGAAACGUUCUACGCGUUUAAUACGAGAAUUUCGAAAAAGAUACCAAUCUGCUACAGCGAAGUGCAGAUCGAUUGCAUGCAGCUGGUGGACUAUGCCACCAAAUGUAUGAUGUUACCAGAGAUGCCACCGAUGAAGAAAAGUGUCGCGUUCCUUACCACCUUCAUCAAGGAGUCUCCCAAACACCCGAUCAUGGGAAAUGUAGUGCUGGCACAGGGUGAAAACAUACUCCGCUCAACGUUCCUCUGUAUCGGUGGAACGGCCCUACGCUCACAGGUGGAGGUGUUUGCCGAAAUUUUCCUCGCCCUCAACACCCGCUAUCCGACGGAGUUCGUGCAGUGGAUGAAGCUGCUAGAAAUACCCAACUUUCCCACGGCUUUCGUGAGCGCCGGUGAGAAGGAACAGUUUAUGCGAAAGGUUAUCAAGGAACGUGUCAACAAAAGGUUGGUACAGGAACAUGUGCGAAAGUUUGCCGCCGUUUGUCGCAACAUUGUCGAGUACGAGGGAAAGUAAUAGCGCAAAUGGAAUGGACCACCAGGACGAAGGACGAACGAAUGAAUCGCCUCCUUUCUCUGAAGAAUCGCGCACAAUAUUCGAUGAGAUUCGAUCCAACACAACACAUUGUGAUUCUCUAGCAUUACGAUACACCGUAGAAGCCGUAAACGAACCCGUAAUCGGGUAACUCGAGAUGUGGUUACUUAAUUGUGCGUACGUGGUGGUCUGUCUGCUCCAACUUUCGACGCGGCUUUUGUAAGCAGAAGAUUGCAGAUGAGCUCUGGUUGCUUCAGGUGGAUCCAUCUCAUCUCUUCCAAACCACCAAUCGCCCGAUCUUCUCUCUAGCUUGUGAAUAAAGUACGAGAAAUUGAUUUUAUUUA